UGGAAGUGCGUGGACCCAUUCACUGGGAAACAGCAAACAGUUAUAUACUUUAUUUCUGGGAGUGAACCAUGAGCUUCUCUCUCACUUUUGACGUCGUGCUGAAAUCUUAGCACUUUUCGGACGUCUCCACCUGCGCGUUGAGCAUCGACUUUUUGGGGGGGAGUUCCUUAGUUUUUUUUAGUGGUUAUAUAUAUAUGUAUAUGUAAAUAUAUAUGUAUAUAUAUUUACAUAUAUAUAUAUAUAUAUAUAUAUAUAUAUAUAUAUAUAUAUAUAUAUAUAUACAUAUAUGUAUAAAUAUAUAUAAAGAAAACAGUUUGGGGAAAUGAGCCAGAGUAGUAGAAAGUCUUCUGGAGGCACAUUCUGGCCAGCGGGGGACAAAUUAACAACACGCGACAAUGUGCGCCAAAACAGCAUAUCGACAAAAACGGAAGAAAGUUCCUUUUUGGAUAAAACGACAAGAAGAGGCGAAUUUAGAGCGAACAAUGUGGAUUUUUACGCACCGUGUGACACAGAAAAGUGUUGCUGUCAUCGAGUCCCUCGCUGCGUCCCAGUGUCCGAGGCAGCCCGGGAACUCUGCAAGGCGGUGUCCGUGUCUCUGGGGCUGCACGCCGACUCCAAUGGCGACGUUGAGCCCGCGCUCACCAGGGACGUCCCCCACGACCUAAUGUCCGUCGAGUGUUUAGCCACGCCGGGCGCAGCCAGGUACAACAGGUGCCCUUCCGGCCAGGAGAAGCUGAAGCCAUUACGUCGGACCUCUUCGGACUUGUUAUUAAGUGAGGCGUCUGACAUAACCCCGAGUCCCUACGCGUCGCCCACGCCGCUUCUUAUGGAGCACCUCCACCGCGUCGUGGAGAGGCCAGGUCGGACCUACAAACCCCGGGAAGUCUCUUCAGACUUCGGGGAGGACGUGUACCAAGUCGAGCCAUAUGUCAGCAUCAAGUCCGAGAUUAAUGGCGACGCUGGAGAGGGAAAGUGGGUCACUAUCGGCUGCACCCCUAACGAGAGGUACAACUGGGGGUCGAGUCAGUGCGUUGCUACGCCGCAGACGAGUGGGGCGAACACGAACUUGAUUAGUGAUCCCUACCAGAGGAGCAGCGAGCAGUGGUACACCGGUGGAGGGGUCCUGGUGCCGCCUCACUCCAACCCCGACUUCAUCAAGAAGGAGGUGGGAGAGUGGCUGGAUGUCGCCUACAAAGACUCCUCCAGGUUUGAGACUGGCAGAGAGCACAUGUUCCCCAUGGAGUUCUUCUUCCCACCACAGAGGACAUGCCUCAUCUGUUCAGACGAGGCAUCCGGCUGCCAUUACGGUGCGCUCACCUGCGGCAGCUGCAAGGUUUUCUUCAAGAGGGCAGCAGAAGGCAAGCAAAAAUACUUGUGUGCCAGCAAGAACGACUGUACCAUUGACAAACUAAGAAGAAAAAACUGUCCAUCUUGUCGACUGAAGAAGUGUUUUGAAGCUGGGAUGACUCUAGGAGCACGUAAACUAAAGAAGAUUGGACAACCAAAAAACCCCAAAGAGGAUAAUCCUGUUCAGGAUUCCGCUGAGGUUAUCCAUCAUGUCUCCCCUAAAUCAAGUGUGAACAUCAACUCCCAGACGGUCUUCCUUGAUAUUCUGCAGUCCAUUGAGCCUGAGAUUGUGAACGCGGGCCACGAUUACGCCCAGCCAGACUCAGCGGACAAUCUGCUUACCAGCCUCAACGAGCUUGGAGAGAGACAACUGGUCAACAUGGUCAAGUGGGCAAAGGGACUACCAGGUUUUAGGAGUCUGCAUGUGGACGACCAAAUGACUGUCAUCCAACAUUCGUGGAUGGGCGUAAUGGUGUUCGCCAUGGGUUGGCGAUCACAUAAGACCGUCAACAGCAGGAUGCUGUACUUUGCACCCGAUCUCGUCUUCAACGAGCAUCGGAUGCAGAUCUCCACCAUGUACGAGCACUGUAUCCGCAUGAAGCGUCUGUCACAGGAGUUUGCAAUGUUGCAGAUAACGCAGGAGGAGUUUCUCUGCAUGAAGGCCCUGCUCCUCUUCAGCAUUCUACCAGUGGAGGGUCUGAAAAGCCAGAAGAACUUUGACGACCUGCGCCACACCUACAUCAGCGAACUCAACCGCCUUGUGAACUAUCACAUAACAUCCAAUUGUUCUCAGAGGUUCUACCAAAUCACCCGACUGCUGGACUCCCUCCAGAUGACUGUAAAGAAGCUGCACCAGUUUACAUUUGACCUGUUUCUCCAAGCUCAGUCAUGCAACUGCAAGGUCACCUUCCCAGAGAUGAUGGGAGAGAUUAUCUCAGUGCAUGUACCAAAGAUGCUGGCAGGUUUGACAAAACCCAUCUUGUUUCAUGAGUAAAACAACUCGUUUCCUUUUGUCUUAAUUUUUUUUAUUCUACCAAUGUGGCUUUGUACUGUUUAUUACAUAGUUUAUUUCAUAGCCUUGUUCUCAAGCCAUUUAUCUUCUCCCUCUACUUUUAAGCCAUAGCGACAUUGUUUUGUUACAACGGCUCAUGUUUUCUGUUUUGUUUUCAGCCCGAGCAGAAAUGCUUGUGUGAAAAAACACACACACAUUCACUCUGUAAAUCAUUAUUACACCUACCGGCAGGGUGAAAAACACGUUUUGACAUCAUUAAACAGACACUUCAAGUACUUCUGACCAAUCUAAAGAGAAACAAUAGGAUACUCGUUUUUACUUUAUUUACACUAUUGGAAACAAUAUCUAUUUUUCUACUUGUAUUCCUCUCAGUAUAUUACAGUGCAAAUCAACACCACUGCACACUACAACGACAAAAACACUGAUAUAAACUGAGCAUUAUGAGAAUAUUAAUAGAGCCCUUACGGUUCUCAUUAGAUUGUGAAGGUUUACCUACUGUACUGUAAUGUAUCGUCUGGUAAAGAUAAACCGAGUGUUAAGUGUGAAAUCUUCCUUCUUUUUUUUUAAGACGGCCAAAAAUGCAAGUUAGAUGCCAACAGCUGGCUCUUAUCAAUGUAAAGGAGCAGCAGCUCUACUCUGAGCUCCUCUCGGAUGAAAUGACCGAGCACCUCCCUGUAUUUACCACCCUUUUUGGGUGAGUCCAACCACCCUUCGGAGGGAUUUUAUUUUGGCCUCUUGUAUCUAUGAUCUUGCUCUUGUAAUCACUAACCAACACUUGUGACCAAAGGUGAGGGUAGGAACGUCACUUUAAUAGAAAACUUUGCCUUGUGGCUCAGCUCUCAACCACCAUCGUUUAUUAGAGCGACCGUGUUAUACUGCAGACGCUUGCCAAUUUCCCAGUUGAUCUCAAGCGCCAGCUUCCACUCACUCAUGACAAGAUCCCAAAUACACUUGAACUUCUCCAUUUGAGGAAAGACCUCACUCUCAAUCCAUGCUUUUCCCUACAAAAAACAUGUCCUCACACAUGUAGAGUAUUUUCCAAUAAGAUAACACUGAGCUCUGAACCCCUUCAGUAAAUGCUAAAGGUCAUAGACUAAUGGGGCCAUCGGGACCACAUCAUCCGCAAAUAACCGCAACCAGACCCUAAGGCCCUUAAUUAAGACACUCUCAACCGGCUGUACGGAGACCAAAUACUACGUACACAAAUCCUGUAUUUACGGUGUGCCCCCGGUCUGCCAAUCCAGUACUACUGUUCCCAGCUUCCCGGUAAUGUUGAAGGGAUGUGUCAACAAAGCCAGUUCCAUAACAUCUAAAGCAUUAGGAAUUCAGGGUGAAUCUCAUCCAACCUUUGGGGUUUUGUCACUGAGGUUUUUUCUUACUACCUCAAAUACCUCAGGCCCGGCGAUGGGUAUGUCCACGUUUGUGUCCUCAGCUUCUGAAGGAUUCCUUGCUCUGCUUGAGGUUGAGGUUAGAAGACCUCUGUUCCCAAUGUUAGUGUGGACCAGACACUCUUUCCCCUUUCUAAGUUGUUGAACAGUAAAUUAUUGACUCUUGCUUUUGUACAUCUGUGAUAAUGAAAAUGCUGUUACAUUUGAAUUCCAAAUGACUGUUUUUGAUACACAGUAGCAUUUGUAAAGGCAACUCUUACAUUGAACGUCAUUCUGCAUUAAGUAUCAAGCUCCAUUCCAAUUUGAGUUGACAUAAAAAGACAGAAGAAUAAGUUGUACCCACUACCUUCUGGAAGGCACCAAACUUAUUUGAGAGAAUGUGAUCCUCAUUGCCAGAUAUCUUAUUAGGCGAGGGUAGAAAUGUUCCAACAGGACAACAAAUAGAUACAACAGCCAACUCAGAACUGGAAGCAUGUUCGAUGGCAGGAUGAUGAAUGAGAAGAGGCCUGAGUUGGUUGGUGGUGCCAAGGAAAACUGUGCUGUGCCUUCAAGAUAACAAGUUAGAAAGGUGAAAUUGAGCCAACUGUGGAACCUCCAAAUUUGAAAACCCUUUCUAAGUUGUACAGUUUGAAUUAAAACUAAAAUGCUUUGAAAAAGGAUAUAUUAAAGUAAAACCAAACACAAUGAACAAUGGACACAAUAUAAUUGCAUGAGAUCUUUAUUGAAGACUCAAAAGAUUAGUGUAGUGUAGUGUAGUUCGCAUUAAUAAGGCCUACUGAAACUCACAACUACCCACCACGCAGUCUGAUAGUUUAUAUAUCAAUGAUGAAAUAUUAACAUUGCAACACAUGCCAAUACGGCCUUUUUAAUUUACUAAAUUGCAAUUUAAAAUUUCCCGGGACUUUUUUCUUGAAAACGUCGCGUAAUGAUGACGUGUACGCGUGACGUCACGGGCUGUUAUGAAUAUGAGCGCUGCGUACACACACAGCUAAAAGUCGUCUGAUUAACGGCAUAAUUACACAGUAUUUUGGACAUCUGUGUUGCUGAAUCUUUUGCAAUUUGUUCAAUUAAUCAAAAUUCACGGAGGUGAAACUUUACUAUGGAUCACAGCGGACAUGGAUCCCGACUACAUGUCAACCAGCGGGUUUCGGUGAGAAAAUUGUGGUUAAAAAGUCGCCUCUUACCGGAUAUCAGCUGAGCUUGUGCCGUCCAUACAGCUGCCGUCGACUUCCCCGAGACACUGCGCGUCAACACCCGACCGUGGACGUACACUUCCGACUAUCAGGUAAUGUUAAACUCACUAAAACACUAGCAACACAAUAGAAAGAUAAGGGAUUUCCCAGAAUUAUCAUAGUAAAUGUCUCUAAAAACAUAUGAAUCCGUCUCAAUGCAAUGCGAUUGCAAUCGCGUUUUUUUUUAACUAGUUUUUUUUUCUUUUUUCUUUUUUUUUCUAGUCCGUCGCUAUCAAUAUCCUCAAACACAAAUCUUUUAUCCUCGCUCAAAUUAAUGGGGAAAUUGUCGUUUUCUCGGUCAGAAUAGCUGUUUUUGUUGGAGGCUCCCAUUAAAAUCAAUGUGAAUAUAUGAGGAGCCAUCAACAUGUGACGUCAUCGUCUGCGACUUCCGGUAGAGGCAGGCCUUUUCUCCAGUUGUGAACUUUAUCGUGGAUGUUCUCUACUAAAUCUUUUCAGCAAAAAUAUGGCAAUAUCGCAAAAUGAUCAAGUAUGACACAUAGAAUGGACCUGCUAUCCCCGUUUAAAUAAGAAAAUCUAAUUUCAGUAGGCCUUUAAUAUGUUUUUGUAAUGUCACCACAGCAUAAUACAAGUGAUGGCAAAGAGGAAAAUGUGAUGGUAAUCGUGGAACAGGAAAAGGACAAGGAAAAGUUGUACACACGACAGUCAUUCUGGACACUGUACAAUAUGACUAAUAAAGUACAGGUGGUUUCUCGUGUUACGAACAAUUUGCGUUCUUAGUCAAGUUUUAGUGAAAGUGAGAACGUAUAUUUAGAAGGACUUAUAAAAUACCGUAAUAAACAUAUGAAAAACAAGAAUUAAAUGAAACGGUAAUAGAAUUACAUUUAUCUACAUAUACUGUAAGGUAAAUAUAUACAUUUCCUGUGGUUGUCUUUCACAUUGAAAAGGGUGUUGCAAGGGAGGCAGAGACAAGAAGUGUCAAGAUAAAGAGACCACUAUUCUGCCUAGUUGAGAGUAGAAGACCUUUCACAUGUUCAAAGAUACUAUCUUCAUCCUUGAUGAUUGUUUCUGGAUUUGUUCGGCUACCAUCCUGCAUGCAACCAAUGUUAGCAUUUUACGUUGUCUGAUUUUACUUCACUUAUCACUUCCUUCCAUCCAUUUCUACCGCUUGUCCCUUUUGGGGUCGCGGGGGGUCGCUGGAGCCUAUCUCAGCUGCCUUCGCACGCGCCAGAAGAGUCUGCCUCCUAUUUUAGAGUCAUGAUGAAGGUUUAAGUUAAAAAGAUCACUCAUUCUGUGGAGUCUAGCUCGCCAUGCAUCAAAGACCAAUCCUCUGUUAAUAGACAGCGACACGUGGGGACGCAUGCGCAACCAAUGCUCGGUGUGUUUCCUUGUCUCACUAGCAGGACUAACGGGUAGCCAUCUUGCCAAACAGUCUGGAGACACUUUUAGGUAGAGUGCAAAUACUUUUUGUCGGCCGAAAGAGAGGGUGUCCAAUUGAUGAUGCGCAGGCAACCCUGUUUUUUUAUGGCCUGCAAAAAAACUUAGGAGAGUUUUGCCCUGGUUGAUGCAAAAACACUUGGUCAAGUUUUCUCCCUAGUAAAACUAACAACCUGCCUUUUAGUGUGGGAUACUUCUCUUGUUGCCUUAUUAGUAUUUGACUUUAUUAAAUUGAUUUAUAUUACUAUUUGGAGCAGCCAGGCCGGACCAGUAGGGGAUAGAAAGAGAAAAAAAGGAAGACAGAGGGGGAAAUUGUGGGGACAAGAAGGGGAUUAGACAGAGAGACAACAACAACAGCAAACACAAUAACAAUAACAAUAGAACAACGUCAACAAAUAUGAUGGUGAACGUGAUAGCAAAGAAGCAGUUAGUAAAAUAAAUAAUAAUACAGAAAUGACAUGAACAUUAUUACACUACAAAUACCAAUAGAAAUAGCGCUAUUGAUAAUUAAUAAUACCAAUAAUUAUCAACAAUAUAAUUGCUCAAAUGCAACAAUACAUAUCUGUAAUGAUAACUUGAAAUACAAAAGAAAGCAGAUAAAUGGAGGGGAAGAAAGAGAAGCCAACUAUAAUAACCUUGUAGAUUGUUAUUGUAACAAUAUGUUAAGCUUUGUCAGUGUGCCAUGUGUUACCCAGUUUCCGCUGGGGCAACAACGUUAAUAUAUGUUUGAUGCAACACUAAAUUGGCCCUAGUGUGUGAAUGUGAGUGUGAAUGUUGUCUAUCUGUGUGUGCCCUGCGAUGAGUUGGCGACUUGUCCAGGGUGUACCCCGCCUUCCGCCCGAUUGUAGAUGAGAUAGGCGCCAGCGCCCCCCGCGACCCCAAAAAGGAAUAAGAGGUAGAAAAUGGAUGGAUGGAUGAAACAUGAUUAUAUGCAUGAGUGUAUGUAUGUAUGUGUAUAUGUACAAUAUGUGUUUAUGUAUGUUUGUACAGUGAAUGUGUGUGUGUGGAUGUAAGAACUUUGAGUGUGUAGGUAUGUACUGUAUUUGUGUAUGCAUGUGGGAGCGUAUGUAUGUAUGCAUGUAUGAAUAACUGUGUGUAUGUGAGUAUAUAUGCGUAUUUGUAUGUACAAUAUAUUUGACUCCCUGUUUGUGCGGGAACCCGACCACGGCCCUAGCCACCCAGAAAGCCCAACCCAAAACAGCAGGUGUGGUGCCCAGGGAACAAGGGACCACCGGCCCCACGCAGCCAGGCCAGCCAGCGACAGGAACUCCAUAGGAGCCAGCAGCAGGCUGUAAACAGACGCGGCCGAUGGAGGACAAGCCACAGGAGAAGCUGGGGACAGCAAUCCCCCAAGCCAGUGAGAGACCACACCCCACACAGGCAGAAAGGCAGGACGUCCUGCCCAAGGGGCGCAGAGACUCCCCGCAACUGUACGGGAAGACCGCACCCGCCCCACCUGCAACCAGGCCCCUACAAGCCCAACCCUCACGGCGGGGUCCGCUCCAGGCCACUCCACCCUAGUCGGCCACCGCAGGACCACCCAGCACAGCAUAACCACUCACCCCACCUGCAGGGACCCCAAAGAUGGAGAUGGAACAACCAGCAACUGCCCUGUUGAUUCCUCCUCCUGAGAGACGGGAAAACAUUGAAAUAAUAAUAAAAUAAAAAUAAAUAAAUAAGAAUAAUAAUAAUAAUUAAAAAAAGAAUAAUAAUAAUAAAUAAAUUAAAAAUAUAUAUAUCACAGACACUCUGACACACAAGGUUACUACCCCAGCAGCUGACACACAAGGUUACUACCCCAGCAGCUGACCGACUUGCAGCACCACGGAAUACCUUGCAGUGCACCGGACUAGACCCAACAGGCUGCAACCAAGACAAGCACCCGGAAGGGAUGGACGGUGGUACCCAGGAGCUCCAGACACGAAGCCCGGAUGCAGUAGCCUGAGGCGCUCACCCCCACCUGACAAGCAGGCUCCGAGCGUACCCCCAUUAAUUUGAGCGAGGAUGAAAGAUUUGGGGAUGAGGAUAGUGAGAGUAAAGGACUAGAGAAAAAAAGACGAGGGCGGUGGGAGCGAUUCAGAUGUUAUUAGACACAUUUACUAGGAUAAUUCUGGAAAAUCCCUUAUCUGCUUAUUGUGCUACUAGUGUUUUAGUGAGAUUAUAUGGUCGUACCUGAGAGUCGGAGGGGUGUGGCCACAGGUGUGGUGACCGCCAGUGUCUCUGAGGGAAGGCACGUUUCUUAACGAGGCUAAGCAAAGGCAGCCGUUGGGGCCAGGGUGAGUUUUUUCCCCCCUCCACGGUGGAAGCAUCUCACGUUCGGGGGCGACUGGUCUGAGGAGGCAAGAGAGUACGCAGCUGCCUCUUUGACAGGUGCACGAGGAACGACGCAAGCUCCGCUCAUGUCUACGGUAAGAGCCGACUUAUAACCACCAUUUUCUCAUCGAAACCUGCCGGUUGACAUGUGGUAGGGAACCAUGUUCGCUUGACCGCUCGGUUCCAUAGUAAAGCUUCACCGUCAUCUUUCGGGAAUGGAAACAAGGAAACACCGGCUGUGUUUGUGUUGCUAAAGGCAGCCGCAAUACACCACUUCCCACCUACAUAUUUCUUCUUUUACGUCUCCUUUAUUAAUUGAACAAAUUGCAAAAGAUUCAGCAACACAGAUGUCCAGAAUACUGUGUAAUUAUGCGAUUAAAGCAGAUGACUUAUAGCUGGAAUCGGGCUGGAACAAAAUUUCCGCUACAAUCCGUGACGUCAUGCGCACGUGUCAUCACACCGCGACAUUUUCAACAGGAUACUUCGCGCAAAAUUUAAAAUUGCAAUUUAGUAAACUAAAUAGGCCGUAUUGGCAUGUGUUGCAAUGUUAGUUAUCAGACUGUGUGGUCGGUAGUAGUGGGUUUCAGUAGGCGUUUAACAAAGUGCAAUUGCAAGAAAUUUAGGGUUUUCAGCAUCUACGGUCCAUAAUAUCAUCAAAUGGUUCAGAGAAUCUGGAGAAAUCACUCCACGUAAGCGGCAUGGCCGGAAACCAACAUUGAAUGACCGUGAGCUUCGAUCCCUCAGACGGCACUGUUUCAAAAACCGACAUCAAUCUCUAAAGGAUAUCACCACAUGGGCUCAGGAACACUUCAGAAAACCACUGUCACUAUAUACAGUUUGUCGCUACAUCUGUUAGUGCAAGUUAAAGCUCUACUAUGCAAAGUGAAAGACAUUUAUCAACAACAUCCAGAAACGCUGCCGGCUUCUCUGGGCCCGAGAUCAUCUAAGAUGGACUGAUGCAAAGUGGAAAAGUGUUCUGUGGUCUGACAAAUCCACAUUUCAAAUUGUUUUUGGAAAUAUUUGACAUCGUGUCAUCCGGACCAAAGGGGAAGCGAACCACCCAGACUGUUAUUGAUGCAAAAGCCAGCAUCUCUGAUAGUAUGGGGGUGCAUUAGUGCCAAAAGGCAUGGGUAACUAAAACAUCUGUGAAGGCACCAUUAAUGCUGAAAGAUACCUACAGGUUUUGGAACAACAUUUGCUGCCAUCUAAGCGCCGUCUUUUUCAUGGAAGCCACUGCUUAUUUCAGCAAGACAAUGCCAAGCCACAUUCAGCACGUGUUUCAACAGCGUGGCUUCAUAAAAAAAGAGUGCGGGUACUUUCCUGGCCCGCCUGCAGUCCAGACCUGUCUCCCAUCGAAAAUGUGUGGUGCAUUAUGAAGCGUAAAAUACGACAGCGGAGACCCCGGACUGUUGAACGACUGAAGCUCUACAUAAAACAAGAAUGGGAAAGAAUUCCACUUUCAAAGCUUCAACAAUUAGUUUCCUCAGUUCCCAAACAUUUAUUGAGUGUUGUUAAAAGAAAAAGUGAUGUAACACAGUGGUGAACAUGCCCUUUCCCAACUACUUUGGCACGUGUUGUCAGCCAUUAAAUUCUAAGUUAAUUAUUAUUUGCAAAAACAAAAUAAAGCUUAUGAGUUUGAACAUCAAAUAUCUUGUCUUUGUAGUGCAUUCAAUUGAAUAUGUGUUGAAAAGGAUUUGCAAAUCAUUGUAUUCCGUUUAUAUUUACAUCUAAAACAAUUUCCCAGCUCAUAUGGAAACGCGGUUUGUAUGAUUGGCAACAGUAAAUUGGCCCUAGUGUGUGAAUGUGAGUGUGAAUCUUGUCUGUCUAUCGGUGUGUGCCUGCGAUGAGGUGGCGACUUGUCCAGGGUGUACCCCGCCUUACGCCUGAUUGUAGCUGAGAUAGGCACCAGCGCCCCCCGCGACCCCGCCAGGACAGCGAUCAAGCCCCGGCACCCACUGCCCACUGAGAACCAGCCCAUCACCUCCCUCAAGCCCCACAGGUCUGGCCGUGCACCCCCAGGGACAAGCCCGUCCCAGACGACGGCACGACACCAGGCUUGAAGGGGGGCGCAGCAGAGCGCAAGGGCAAUCCCAAGCCGACACCCGACAAGCCAACCAACACGACAAUAAACGAAAAUGAAGCCGGCAAGUUUGCCAGCCCCGAGAACCACCACAACACAACCACAACAUCAGGCACCCCGCACUGGACCCAGCAGCCACGGGUGCCCACACCACAAACAUACGGCAGCAGAAAGAACAGCUGCAAAACCCCCAGGCGGCCAGCACCACUCGAUCAAAUCAAAGUGAUGGAAAAACCGCGACCUGCAACCACACGCCAACAGGAUCAUGGAGACCAGCCAGCCCAAAUGCCAACAUGCAAACAAGAGACAUCAACACCUCCCCCACCAUCAGAAACCGCCCCCCCAACCCAAACCCGCACAAACACACCACCGCCCAAACAACCAAGACACAGCACCCAGACAAGGGGGCAACGCUGCCACCGCAUAAAGUCACCAACACAGACCCCACAGCGCAAGACCGGACCACACAGGCACGGACACCACCCAACAGGAAGCGAAACCCGCUCAAUACCACACAAAAAUAAAUAAAUACAUUUAAAAGAUAAUAAUAAUAAUAAUUGAUUGGAGCUGUGGCCGCAAGGUUGUUGGUGCCUGUCGUGGCGGUAAUCCCAGAACCCGUUGGUGGGCACCAGCAGUGAGGGAUGCCGUCAAGCUGAAGAAGGAAUCCUAUCGGGUUCUUUUGGCUCAUAGGACUCCGGAGGCAGUGGACGGGUACCGACGGGCCAAGCGGUGUGCAGCUUUAGCGGUCGCGGAGGCAAAAACUCGGACAUGGGAAGAGUUCGGGGAAGCCAUGGAAAACGACUUCCGGACGGCUUCGAAGCGAUUCUGGACCACCAUACGGCGCCUCAGGAAGGGGAAGCAGUGCACUAUCAACACCGUGUAUGGUGCGGAUGGUGUUCUGCUGACUUCGACUGCGGAUGUUGUGGAUCGGUGGAGGGAAUACUUCGAAGACCUCCUCAAUCCCACCAACACGUCUUUCUUUGAGGAAGCGGUGCCUGGGGAAUCUGUAGUGGACUCUCCUAUUUCUUGGGCUGAGGUCGCUGAGGUAGUUAAAAAGCUCCUCGGCGGCAAGGCCCCGGGGGUGGAUGAAAACCGCCCGGAGUUCCUUAAGGCUCUGGAUGCUGUGGGGCUGUCUUGGUUGACAAGACUCUGCAGCAUCGCGUGGACAUCGGGGGCGGUACCUCUGGAUUGGCAGACCGGGGUGGUGGUCCCUCUCUUUAAGAAGGGGGACCGGAGGGUGUGUUCCAACUAUCGUGGGAUCACACUCCUCAGCCUUCCCGGUAAGGUUUAUUCAGGUGUACUGGAGAGGAGGCUUCGCCGGAUAGUCGAACCUCGGAUUCAAGAGGAACAGUGUGGUUUUCGUCCUGGUCGUGGAACUGUGGACCAGCUCUAUACUCUCGGCAGGGUUCUUGAGGGUGCAUGGGAGUUUGCCCAACCAGUCUACAUGUGCUUUGUGGACUUGGAGAAGGCAUUCGACCGUGUCCCUCGGGAAGUCCUGUGGGGAGUGCUCAGAGAGUAUGGGGUAUCAGACUGUCUUAUUGUGGCAGUACGCUCCCUGUAUGAUCAGUGUCAGAGCUUGGUCCGCAUUGCUGGCAGUAAGUCGGACACGUUUCCAGUGAGGGUUGGACUCCGCCAAGGCUGCCCUUUGUCACCGAUUCUGUUCAUAACUUUUAUGGAAAGAAUUUCUAGGCGCAGCCAAGGCGUUGAGGGGUUCCGGUUUGGUGGCCACGGGAUUAGGUCUCUGCUUUUUGCAGAUGAUGUAGUCCUGAUGGCUUCAUCUGGCCGGGAUCUUCAGCUUUCACUGGAUCGGUUCGCAGCCGAGUGUGAAGCGACCAGAAUGAGAAUCAGCACCUCCAAGUCCGAGUCCAUGGUUCUCGCCCGGAAUAGGGUGGAGUGCCAUCUCCGGGUUGGGGAGGAGACCCUGCCCCAAGUGGAGGAGUUCAAGUACCUAGGAGUCUUGUUCACGAGUGGGGGAAGAGUGGAUUGUGAGAUCGACAGGCGGAUCGGUGCUGCGUCUUCAGUAAUGCGGACAUUGUAUCGAUCCGUUGUGGUGAAGAAGGAGCUGAGCCGGAAGGCAAAGCUCUCAAUUUACCGGUCGAUCUACGUUCCCAUCCUCACCUAUGGUCAUGAGCUUUGGGUCAUGACCGAAAGGAUAAGAUCACGGAUACAAGCGGCCGAAAUGAGUUUCCUCCGCCGGGUGGCGGGGCUCUCCCUUAGAGAUAGGGUGAGAAGCUCUGCCAUCCGGGAGGAGCUCAAUGUAAAGCCGCUGCUCCUCCACAUCGAGAGGAGCCAGAUGAGGUGGUUCGGGCAUCUGGUCAGGAUGCCACCCGAACGCCUCCCUAGGGAGGUGUUUAGGGCACGUCCAGCUGGUAGGAGGCCACGGGGAAGACCCAGGACACGUUGGGAAGACUAUGUCUCCCGGCUGGCCUGGGAACGCCUCGGGAUCCCCCGGGAAGAGCUAGACGAAGUGGCUGGAGAUAGGGAAGUCUGGGCUUCCCUGCUUAGGCUGCUGCCCCCGCGACCCGACCUCGGAUAAGCGGAAGAUGAUGGAUGGAUGGAUGGAUGGAUAAUAAUACAUUAAUUAAUUAAAAUACAAAUGAAAAAUAAUAAAUUGAUAAAAGCUUCGCACCUUCAGCAAGGUCUCUGCCCGGGAAAGGCAGGCCAUCAGACCGCAGUUGCCGCAACCCGUAUCGGCCGAGGAGGCAAUGAGGGGCGCGCCAUACUCCCGAACCCCAACAUGCAUGUGUAUGAGGCCUCCAGAUUAUCUACUGUGUAGUUAAAAUCAGGAGGUCAGCCGUUACAGCCGACUUCCAGUCCCUAUUUUUGUGUGUACUGUGGCCUGAGUGAGAUAUGUAUGCUUGUGGGAACUAAUGCGAUUAAAAUUGGGGGAUAUCAAGGUCAUGGUGGGUCCCAACCAAGCCGAGCCCCCCAAACUCUAAGUGUCUAAUAUGCAGAUAAUAUUUAGGGGUGGACGAGCAGGGGACAAGACAGGAGGACUGGCGCCUCAUAGGAGGGAUCCUCAUCCUCGCGCCAUGCCUCAGUUAUUCACAUUCUUCAAUGACAACUUUGAUGUGUUCUGGGAGAGAUGACAUCUCUUUAGGCUAGACGGGCUCCCUUUAGACAGAACUGGUACGCGCACAGAAAUCCCCCGAAACACCAAUAAUCCGCCUUUUCACAAAACAGGUUACCUGACACCAUCAACAUGGCACUUUUUAACAUUCGCUCCCUUUAAAACAGAACUAUUUAUUGACUGGUGUGUAUUUAGUCAAGUUAGACAGUCUUCUUUUAACGAGACAUGGCUUGACGCAGCUGUUUCUCUCACUGAGGCAUCCUUAUUACAUUUAACCCUUAUUUCCUACUAAAAGAGGAAGAAUAGAAGGGACUGCAUCAAUUUUAAAUAACUCACUGGCUUCAAAAUGAAUGUUUUUUUAACAAAAAAAUACACAUCAUUUGAACACCACACCUUGAUUUUUUAGGACAACCCUACCCCACGCUCACGCUCACCCAUUCCCUGUGCAACUGUUUAUAGACCACCCAGCAUUGUAUCUCUUUUAUCAUUGAAUUUUCUGAACUUUUAUCACUCUUUCAUACCUCCUACAGCGAUAUUUUAAUAACUGGGCAUUUUAAUUUAUGUGUUGAUGACAUCUCAGAUUCAAUAUCCAGAUAGUUUUCAAAUGUUUUUAAUAGCUUUGAUUUUAAACAGCACGUCACAUAGCCGAUUUAGAACAGGGGACACACCCUGGACUUGGUUAUAAGUCAUGGCCUUUCCAUUGGUGUGUCGUCUGCAGACCUGGCUGUGUCUAAACACUACUGUGUUUUUUUUAAUCACCAGACUCGACCAGCAGGGAACCCCAGUGAAAACAGUGAAGAAACGCAAAUAUUAUCAAGAUUUUACAGAAUGCUCUUGCUGAAAUUUUACCUGCCCUUUGUGCACUCAUCGUUGACAAUUUUACCUGUAAACCUAAGUCAACCCUGGACUCAGCAGCUCCACUUUGAACAAAAACAAUCAAAACAAAACCUACCCAUGAAGAAACAAGGAAUUACAUAAACUGGAAAUACAUUGCAGAACUGCCAAAAGAUAAAGGAAAUCAAAAUGAACCAUUUAUUCUCAGAUUUUUCGUUAACGGACAAUUACACAGUUAAACAGGCUGGUAUUUAUCAUUACUCACAACUCACCAGAGACCUUAAAAACCACCCCCGGUUCCUCUUCUCCACUAAUGGGUACACGUUUUAACAAAGCUUUUAAAACACCAUCUGACGUUUUUUGCGAAGACUUUGCAGACCACUUCAGAACCAAGAUCAGGGAGAUCAGAUUUAAAAUAAUGUUGGUUCUGCUAAUCUAAGGGCAUGACACAUGAUACAGUAGACCAGUCCUUCUCCCCAGUGGUGAGCACGUUGCGAUGCUCAGGGGGGGCGACGUGUGAUAUCAAGGAAGAUGCUUUUUUUGCUGUACUAGAAUAUGAUGAAGCUUAUGUAGCACUUGGCUUCACUGUAACCAUGGUGGGAGACGAUGAAUGACCGGUGUAUUGUUUCCUUCAAUAUCAUUCAGAGGUAUAGUUAUAACAUUUGUAUAGACAAUUUGUACAAUAUUUAUAUUUACUGUGGAGAUUGGGGGGUGGGCGAAAUAUUUUCUUCUUCCUUUGGAGGGGCGCAACAGAAAAUAUUUGAGAAGCACUUGCAAUAGACCAUUACAUUUUAUCAAAUUGACUUAGACACCUGGUCAACAUCUCUGGUACUGUAUUAACGGUUUAAAAAAAAUAAAAAUAACAGUUACAGCCACCUAUCUUUUCCCUACUUUAGUUCACUGUGUGGCAUCAUGUCUUUCCGUCGUGUGGUCAUGUGACCAAACAGGACAGAUCACCACCUUAUAUAACCUGUAAGAGUCUGCCAUGCGAGCGGGGCAUGAGCGUGCGAAAGUUGCUGAAAAAGAAGGCAAUAAUUCUAUACUCAGCCACAUAGUUUAGGGGGCCAAAAAUAAAUGAUUUUACAAUUAAUCACGAUCACGACAAUUCUAUAACUCUCCUCCCACCUCUUAAAUAAAAAAGACUCGCAACAGAUCCAGCAUCUAUUUCUGGUGUUACUAGCGACUGUACUCGUGUUUAGAGACUGUUAAGAUUCUGUAGCGCCAUGUCCGUGAUGAGAAGCAAGCUACAUUGAGCCUGACGCCACACUCACUUCGCGUUGCUGGGAGCCAUUCUCUCAUUAAAAGCCGGUAGUGUCAUCUUAAAUUGUGUAGAUUGAUGUCCGCGGAUAUAUCUUGAAUAUAUUAAAGUACAUCCACAGUGUUUAGCUCACACCAUCGGUUUAGGGAACACUGUUCCAAUGAUUAAAGUUCGCCUUUUUAUGUCCAAAUUUUCUUUGGAACAUUAGUCAAUAAUGUGCAAAUAAACUAUAUAUAACCAUUCACCUGCUAGUGCUGAUGUGUAUGUUAGUGUGUUAUGAUGGUCAUUUUUUCCCAUGGUCUGUGAACACACGGUGUCGGUGGAGAAUGAACAAGUGUUGUGUGUCUAGAAGUGAAGCAGGGAGGCAUACGUGUGUGUACACGGAGGAAAUACUUGUUGGAAUUGGGUUCGUUGUUAGCAUAAAAUUGGCAAUAAAAGACUUUGUUUUCUUCUGGCCGCUACAAUACAUUACAUGACUAUUUUUUAAUGUGUGCCGGCUGAUGUGAAGCCGUACAUUAAGUGAAGUGAAGUGAAUUAUAUUUAUAUAGCGCUUUUUCUCUAGUGACUCAAAGCGCUUUACAUAGUAGAACCCAAUAUCUAAUUUUUACAUUCAAACCAGUGUAGUUGGCAUUGGGAGUAGGUGGGUAAAGUGUCUUGCCCAAGGACACAACGGCAGUGACUAGGAUGGCGGAAGCGGGGAUCGAACCUGCAACCCUCAAGUUGCUGGCACGGCCGCUCUACCAACAGAGCUAUACCGGUUGGUAAAACCCUAAAUGUAGUUAAACCGGAUCUGGAGUGGGGCUUUUAUUUUGAAGCUGGAAAAGUAGGUGAUUGUUUUGAGAAAGUGUCUUGACAUGGUUUAAUGUCGGAUCAAAUGUUACAAUAAAAAAAGUCUCCCUUCGACAUUCUCCCGGCGGUCUUUCAUUUCUGUUGAGCAUUUAUAUAAUCUAUCAUAACAGUUACAAAACUAAUGUUAUCACUGCCCCUUAAUCGUAAUCUGAACACGGAAGUGAAGCACUACCCACCUCUGAACGACAAAUGCAGCAGGCGUUUGGUGCAGGGAUGUCGCCUUUUCUCACGGCGGGCGGUGUUUGGUGCCAGCAGUUGUUUGGACGGUGUAGCCGGGAGUCAUGGUUGCAUUGCAUUGUGGGUGGGUGUUGUGUUGCGUCUGUGCUGUGUUGCAGGGCGUAUGUUCUCCAGAAGUGUGUUUGUCAUUGUUUAAUGUGGGUUCGCGGAGCGGAGUGUGGCACGUGUUGGUGGGAGUUUUGAAGUUGUUUUGUAUCGCAACCAUUAGUGUGAUCUGUGUGGCUGUGGAACAAGACUCCUGGUUUACACACAGCAAAAGCAAAAAUAAAAAUCUCCUCUGCUGUUUUGAGAUGACGGUAGGGGAAAAGUCAUUUGCGAAGUCACAAAUUUGACCCGGCGGUAAUAGUAAGCAUGCACUUACUACUUAGGGGAACGAGAUGUACCUGGCCAUAAUUCAAGGCGGGCAGGUGCAUUUGACAUGCCCGGCGGCUAUUCAAGGACAUAUGGUGCAUAUAUAUAUUCAGUAUAUAUAUAGACCUUUUAUGAAAAAGACGUCUCGAGGAUCCAGAUUUCCCUCGCCCGGAUGCGGGUCACCGGGGCCACCCUCUGGAGCCAGGCCCGGAGGUGGGGCACGAUGGCGAGCGCCUGGUGGCCGGGCCUUUUCCCACGGGGCCCGGCCGGGCACAGCCCGAAGAGGCAACGGGUAUCCCCCCUCCAAUGGGCUCACCACCGGAGCUCACCACCCACAGCAGGGGCAGUAGAGAUCGGGUGCGAUCUCUAUUGCCCCUGCAAUAGAGAGAUCAGGACUGAUGGUCCUGAUGGCUUCAUCUGGCCGGGAUCUUCAGCUCUCACUGAAUCGGUUCGCAGCAGAGUGUGAAGCGACCAGAAUGAGAAUCAGCACCUCCAAGUCCGAGUCCAUGGUUCUUUCCCGGAAAAGGGUGGCGUGCCAUCUCCGGGUUGGGGAGGAGACCCUGCCCCAAGUGGAGGAGUGAAUGCGUGGGUUCCCUCCAUGUACUCCGGCUUCCUCCCACUUCCAAAGACAUGCACCUGGGGAUAGGUUGAUUGGCAACACUAAAUUGGCCCUACUGUAUGAAUGUGAGUGUGAAUGUUGUCUGUUUAUCUGUGUUGGCCCUGCGAUGAGGUGGUGACUUGUCCAGGGUGUACCCCGCAUUCCUCCCGAUUGUAGCUGAGAUAGGCACAAGCGCCCCCGCGACCUUUAAGGGAAUAAGCGGUAGAAAAUGGAUGGGAUGGCUGGAUAAUUGGCUGGCUUGCCAAGGAUGUGUAGCAUGUAUAUGAUACGUAAUAAUAAUAUUAAUGGAGCACUGGUAUAGAAACAUUUGGACUAGUUUUAAUCAGAACAAUUAGCUCCGAGAGCAAGUGAGGGACAGAUAUUUAGUACAGGAAUAUAAGAAUUUAUUUGCAACACGAGGACCACCUGUAAUGAAAUGUACAAAACAAAACCUUACACAUCCAUCAAUGAAAUGUGUCACGCAGUACAGUCAGCCAUGUCCUGGCUGCUCAGUACAAGAUAACUAACUCAACCAUUUGUCAACAGUAUUAUGUGAGCAUGCUUAUCACUCUGGUGAACCCUUUUGAUGUUUACUACUAUACGAAGUGGUUAACGACACGUGUUUAGGAUGUUACUUUAAAAGCGCCUGCAAAGUUGACAUAGCGUUUAUGAUGGUGACGGUUUUGCCCCUUACCUGGAUUAUUUGAGCUUUACUGUAAUAAAACAAUUAAAAAAAAAAAGUAGACCAGCUGUAGACUAAGUAGACUGUUCAACUUUGGAGGUUCCAUUAUGUACUUGUGUUAUAAAAUAAAAAAAUGACAAAAAGAAAAUUUUUUUUUUACACUAUACACUUACAAAAAAAAUAUCUGACUUUGUAUAUUUACGCUAUUUACUUUCAAAGCUUAUUGGUGUCACGUGUCGUGUAGUAGCUGCCUUUGGCUGUAUUAGUUCCUAGUAUAGUGAAUUCAGUUGUUGAAGUGUACAGUUCUAGCCGCUAAUUUGUGAUAUCUAGCGCAUUGUUUAAACGGUUGCCCGCUUUAGUGAAUAUCUUUAACAUGCUUUGAUAUAAUAGGUGAAACCGCAAAAAGGGACUAUUUGACAUACUUUCUACAUGCCUUUUCCUAAUGACACUGCUAUGAGGUUGCCAUUUUAAUUACCUUUUCUGGAACAACUGUUUUGCUGUCACAAGGGAAAAUGUCAAGGACGCACACCGUAAGUGUAGUAACCCGCUGUUUGUAUGUCUUGUAUGUGCCCAGUCUACCCAACAUGAAACUGGCUUAUUGUAUAAUAGUUACUAUUGAUGCUCUGAAAUUUGUAUGUUCAAUCUUGUUAGAAUUGUAGCAUUUGUGAACAGUGUGUUUUUAACUGUUUUCAAAAAGUGUAACUAAAGACAAAUAAAACUGAAGUUUUAUCGUGUAGUUUUUGUGCAGUUUUUCGCCUUAGAUAAAUUGUCAUUUCAUUAUAAACACACUUUCUUUCAUACAGCACUCUCCUCCCACCUCCAGUCAGGAGUAUUGCACUAGGAUGUGUAGAGUAUGAAUGCAGCAAACUGCUGGGCAGCAUGUCAGUGAAAAAAGGUCCAAGUGUUUAGACGACGACGACGAGCAGCGAGCGAGAACUCUUGUCUGGCACUGGAGGCUGGAAUGUGGUGGGAGGAGCGCAUGGGAAAAUAUGAUUGUAUUUGUCUUCCAGUGUGUGUGGGAGCCAAAGUACGGCCCCAGCCACCCAGAGAGCCCAACCCUAAAACAGCAGGUGUGAUGCCCAGGGAACAAGGGACCACCGGCCUCACGUAGCCACGCCGGCUAGCGACAGGAACCCAAGAGCCGGGACCUCCUUGCCACCCGGCAGGGCCAGUGGUAGGCCAUAGAAGGACGCGCCCAGCAGAGGACAAGGCACGGGAGAAGCAGGGGAUAGCCAGCCCUCAAACCAGCGAGACCGCACCCCAGGAGCAAAAAGAUCUUGAAAAUGCACCGUCCAAAUGUCAUGACUUUGUCUUCAGUUGUUCUGCACGUGCAAGUUGUUCAGCAACAAUGCUUUCUCAGCUUUCUUCAAGUGUGCAGAUGACGCACUGGAUGUAGAUGAGCUAGAAGAGUUUCUCCUGCUUGACCUUUUACUUGUCACAUUACACACUUUCCCCCGGAUCACCAUCGUCAUGACACUCAGAUUUUGCAUUUUUAUUAACACCAUCGUCAUUUUUAUAAAUUUUUUGUUAAUUUUGAUAAAAAUAUCACUCAUUUAGUUUUCUUUCAACCAUGUUAAAUGUCCAUCCAUCCAUUUUCUACCGCUUAUUCCCUUUUGGGGUCGCUGGCGCCUAUGUCAGCUACAAUCGGGCGGAAGGCGGGGUACACCCUGGACAAGUCUCCAAUUCAUCGCAGGGCCAACACAGAUAGACAGACAACAUUCACACACUAGGGCCAAUUUAGUGUUGCCAAUCAACCUAUCCCCAGGUGCAUGUCUUUGGUAGUGGGAGGAAGCCGGAGUACCCGGAGGGAACCCACGCGUUCACGGGGACAACAUGCAAACUCCACACAGAAAGAUCCCGAGCCUGGAUUUGAACCCAGGACUGCAGGAACUUCGUAUUGUGAGGCAGACGCACAAAUCCCUCUUCCACCGUGAAGCCCAAAUUUUGAUAAAAAUACUCAUUUAUUUUUCUUUCAACCAUGUUAAAUGUGACAUAUGUAAUACAAGGUACUGCCACUGGUAAAGUUGCUAAACAUGUCAGAGCUUAGUAAAUCUAAAAGGCGUUGUUACGAUUCUCAACUUAUUCAUGACAAAGCCAGGAAAAAAACAAAGAUUUGUAUCAGGGAUGCCUUUGAAAGAUGGAGACGAUUGAAGGCGGAGAAGAUUUUUUUCAUCUGACGCCAAAAUUGUAAUAAAUGGAAAUGGACAUUUCAUAUGUAUACUAUAUUGUCCAAUACAGUCUCUGACCUUGUCUAACAAAGCUUGUAUGUUUGUGCCACAAAUGCUUAGCAUGCUAGCCCGGUCAAUGUCACAUCGACAUACAGGCUAACGGGGGAAAUAUACGACUGUUAGCAUGUGUGUCGAUGUGUCAUCCAACUGACAGGGCAAAAUAUAUUUUCAACAAAUAAAAGCUAUGUGGAUAUG